UGUAAAGGACGACAGAUUCUAUGAUACAACCAACAAUGGACUUGGACAUGGAAGGCAGCAAAGUGCAAAGACUAUACGAUGCCUGUAACCAUGUAUUUGCACAAAAAGAGUUGCCAAAUUUUCUACAAAUUCAGUCUCUCAAAAAUCUAUUAGACACAUUUGAAGCUGUCGAUGUAGGUAUUGAUGAAUUCAGCUUCCACAGAUCUCCAUCUUCAAGCCCAGACGGGACAAAGGAAUUGAUUUGUGGGCAAGGAGUAACUGAAAUCACUUACAUUCACAUCCAUGAAUGUGACAAUUUCUCUAUAGGGAUAUUCUGCUUUCCGGCUGGAGCAAUAUUUCCCCUCCAUGAUCAUCCCAAAAUGACAGUACUUAGCAAGGUCUUGUAUGGAUCUAUGUAUGCAAAGGCCUAUGACUGGGUGAAGGUGGAAAAAUCAAGCAGCCGGACAAUUGGACUAGCAAGGACAGUAGAGAAUGGAAUACGAAGUGCACCCUGCGAACCAUCCAUCCUAUAUCCAAAAAGUGGAGGAAACAUUCAUUCUUUCACAGCGUUGACGCCCUGUGCUAUCUUGGAUGUGUUGUCCCCUCCUUACUCUGAAGAGCAUGGGAGACCUUCCACUUACUUCUCAGAAUUCCCCAUUCCUGCUCUUCCUGGUUAUAUCGUGCUCGAAGAAAGAGACCUUCCAGGUGACCUUGUUGUUAUAGGAGCACCAUAUCUUGGCCCAGAUCAUUUGACCUUUUAUGAAUAGAAACGUAGAAUGCAAAAUCAGAGCAUGUAUAGCUUGCAUACGUGUUUAGUACAUCACUUCGAAGAUUUUGUUAGUUUAUGUCAAAUAGUGAUGGAAAGAUUUCUAGUUUAGUUAGUUAAAUUCGGAUCCAUUUCAUCUUUUAAAAUGUCGAUUUUUUUAGAUUUUAAGCUGUUGAUUCAAGUUCAAUCUUACAUUAGCAUUUACAAAUGGAAACACUAGCCAAUACUGGAUUAUUUACAAAAAAUGAACUAAAAAGAAAAACGGGGGAACCAAGAAGAUUGAUUGUGUAGUAUAAUCCAGCUAUCAGAAACAUGAAGAAGCUGUGUGUAGGCAGCGUGUGCGAGGAAUAGACACGGUGCUGAUUUUGCCGUUGGCGUUGCCCGUUACCAGUUGCCGUAAGGGAAGCGGCAAAUUUAUCAGUAUCGGCUGGAAUUUACGCCUGCCAAACCAUAAUUGGCUCCACUCUUUAUUAUUACCAUUCGGUGGGCAAAGAUUUUUGGUUGCAAAUCACUUCAACUUCUUUUUAAUUGUGGGAAGACACUCGUUGUUCCACUGGCAUAUAGGAUUGUAACUUUUAUUCAG